AAGUCGCGUGACCCCGGAAGUGGCCGGCCGGGGGCGCGCGGGCGGGGCGGCGACGUUCGUCGUUCCGUGCGGGAGGGAGCGCGAGAGCUGCGCAGUCGAGCCUCCGGUGUCCCAGACCCAGCGAGAGGUGAGCAUGGCCGAGCAGGAGCCCACAGCAGAGCAGCUGGCACAGAUUGCAGCUGAGAACGAGGAAGACGAGCACUCGGUCAACUACAAGCCCCCAGCCCAGAAGAGCAUCCAGGAGAUUCAGGAGCUGGACAAGGACGAUGAGAGUCUGCGCAAGUACAAGGAGGCCCUGCUGGGCCGCGUGGCUGUGUCUGCUGACCCCAACGUCCCCAAUGUAGUCGUGACCCGCCUGACCCUGGUGUGUAGCACCGCCCCGGGCCCCCUGGAGCUUGACCUGACAGGUGAUCUGGAGAGCUUCAAGAAGCAGUCAUUUGUGCUGAAGGAAGGUGUGGAAUACCGGAUAAAAAUCUCUUUCCGGGUGAACCGAGAGAUUGUGUCCGGCAUGAAGUACAUCCAGCACACAUACAGGAAAGGCGUCAAGAUUGACAAGACUGACUACAUGGUGGGGAGCUACGGGCCCCGGGCAGAGGAGUACGAGUUCCUGACUCCCAUGGAGGAGGCGCCCAAGGGCAUGCUGGCUCGAGGCAGCUACAACAUCAAGUCGCGUUUCACAGAUGAUGACAAGACUGAUCACCUGUCCUGGGAGUGGAACCUCACCAUUAAAAAAGAGUGGAAGGACUGAGUCCUGGGCCCCGGAGGCAGGCAGGAUGGACAGACGGACGGACGUACGCACCCCACCCCUACCACCCCACACCCCCUUCCUGACCCCAUACCAAAGUGCUGACAGGGCCCUUGGCCACGCUGCCAUCAUUCCCACCUUGUCUGCCUCCUGGUCGGGCCCAGCCAGAGCUCCUCCAGCCUUUCCCUCCCAACCCUCCCCAGCCCGCAGGCCCCAGCCUCCUCGGUGGUCUAGUGGUCUCGUGUUGUUGCUGCUUCCGCCUGUGCUGUGGGGAAGGGAGGCUCCAGCCCAGGCCUCUGCCUCCUUUUCUGUAUUUCUCCAGGUUUCCCAACCUGUGCUAACCUGACCUGAGGCCCUGACUUUUCCAAGGGAGUGGGACAUCCAGCGGGCUCUCGUGGGGUGCUCAGGUUCCCCUGGUCCUUGGCAGUUGCCCUGACUCUUGUUCUGACCCACCCCAUCUGGGGUGCGGGUGGGUGCACAACGCAGGGCCUUGUGGGGCCAGUCAUCCCCCAGCUUCCAUCUCUCCCAGUCAGUUCAUCCAUUGCCGUCAGUAACCGUCUAACCAUGAUGCCUUAACAUGUGGAACGUGUGCUGUGGGGGCCAUCACUAACCUCUAACUCCCCUGUUUGCAUGAGCAUGUGGUCUCCCCCAGUUUCUGCCCUGUCCGCAGUCCCCGUGGCCCGGGGAGGCGUGUGGGAUGUGCUGCUGCUGCUCCCCUGCCUGCCAGGGCCUGGCCAGCCUGCCCCUCCCCCUCCCCCCUGCCAGGGGCAUGGGGGCUGCCCCAGGCACUUGGGGAAGGCCAAUUGCCAAAACUCAAGUUGCCUCCAGUCCCAUCAGGGAGGCCAGAUGUCCUCACACUUCUGCCUUCCCUUUCCCAGUGGGCAGUGCCCAGAGCUCAUAGCCCCAACAGAGAGCUCUUGGUGGACAAAGCCAGCAGCUGAGCCUUACUUGUUCCACCUGGGCCCGCUGGCCUGAAAUCCUGUGCCUGGCCUGUCAGUAUUUAUUGCCUCAAUAUGUGCUGUCCUCUGGGCCCGCUGGCCUGCUGCCUCUGCCCCCAGGCUAGGUGCCACCAUCCCUGGCAGGCCUUCCUGGACCCAGCCAGGACAACUGUGGGACCAAGCGUGCACAGUCGGAGCUGUCCCCUGUGCCUCUCUACCCCUCCCCUCCCCGGUCCGGCCCCGGCCUACAAUGCACAGGUGCCUGUCCCUGCUUCUCCUUUUCUGACCGGGAAAUAAAUUACUCCGAAGGA